UACCGGAAGUGACCGGUCUGUUUACUAAAGACAUACUUCCUUAGCUGUAGCCUACCCUUCCCUAUCACUUAGCUAGUUAAGUUUGAUGUGAUUACUUUCUACGACGUGUCAUUAAUAUGGGAGCGCUGUCACACCACACGGUGCUGAGAAACAGAAAGAAAAGAGUUGAAAAGACCCUGAGACCUCAGGUUUGAUCUCAAGUGGGUGCAAUUUAUGACACCAUGUUGGUAACAACAUAUCUUGCCAUCAUUUUCCUGCUUGCCCUGUGUGUCGGCCUUGAGAUCACAGCACGCCGCCUCACCCCACCUCAGUCUACUCCUACCGCUUUAGCCAACCCAGCCUUCCGUCGCUUCCAGAGUAUAUUCCUCCGGGCAUACCUUUUGGCUUUGUGGGCAGACUGGCUCCAGGGUCCUUACCUCUACAAACUUUAUCGCCACUACAGCUUCCUGGAAUCCCAAAUAGCCAUUUUAUAUGUGUGUGGCCUGGCUUCCUGUGUUCUGUUUGCUCCUUUUUCAGGCUGGCUCCCUCAAGCCUUGGGCCGCAGACAAACAUGUCUUCUCUUUUGCCUGUCCUACUCUGCUUGCUGUCUCACAAAGCUGUCCAGAGACUACUUUGUUUUGAUUGUGGGCCGUGUCCUGGGGGGUCUGUCCACAUCCCUGCUCACCACCUCAUUUGAAGCCUGGUACGUGUACCGACAUGUAGACGUCCAUGAUUUUCCCAAGGAGUGGAUCCCCAGCACCUUCACCAAAGCCGCUACCUGGAACCAUGGGCUUGCUGUUGGAGCAGGGCUGGUGGCUAACUUGCUGGCUGAGUGGCUCCACCUUGGGCCAGUGGCUCCCUUUCUCCUGGCUGUCCCCUGCCUGCUGUGCUGUGGUUGGGUGGUACUAACAGACUGGGGCAAGGAAGAGGCUGAAGGAGGUCCUGAAGGGGGCAAACAGACACUUCUCCUUGGCACUCCAAAUGGAGGUGUGACCCGAUUGUCUGCGAAGGCCCGGUUCUCACGCAGCUGCCAUGAGGGACUGCGCUGCCUGAUGUCCGACAGGAGAGUCAUGCUCUUGGGUGGAGUGCAGGCUCUGUUUGAAAGUGUCCUCUACAUUUUUGUUUUCCUGUGGACCCCAGUACUGGACCCUCAUGGGCCUCCUUUAGGAAUAGUGUUCUCUUGCCUGAUGGCUGCCAGCAUGGCUGGCUCCUUGCUGUACCGCCUAGCCACCUCCACUCGCUACCGUCUACAGCCUGGCCAUGUGCUAUGUUUGGCUGUGCUGAUGGCUUUCUUCUCCUUAUUCAUGCUGACCUUUUCCACCGCCCCAGGCCAGCCUAGACCUCAUGAAUCCUUUCUAGCCUUCCUGCUGCUGGAGCUUGCCUGUGGCCUCUACUUCCCAGCAGUCAGUUUUCUCCAGGGCAGGGUUAUCCCAGAGGAGAAGAGGGCUGGUGUGUUGGCCUGGUUCCGGGUGCCUCUGAACCUGCUGGCCUGCCUAGGGCUGCUUGCCCUCCAUGGGGAGGUAUCAGGAACAGGUGGAGGGGAGGGUGGCAGCGGCACCAGACACAUGUUUGGAGGCUGUGCCAUCAUGAUGCUGGCAGCUUUGAUGGCCGUUGUUAGUCUGUUCACCCUGGGGAGAAACGACACAGACCUGAGACUGGAGGGAACCAGAGGGGAGGGGGAGAUGUACUGAGGAGAUGGGCCACAUAUCCAUUUAUGCUUUACUGGUUUGAAAUGUGUUAUACCUGUUUUUUGUCAAUGAAAGUAGAAACUUUGUGUGUUUGACCAGGGAAGUCAGAAGUCUACAAAUUGCCAACUGUAUCAGUGAAGAGAAUCAAAGCCCAAAAGGGGUGUUUUGGUAGAUUCAAAUUUAAUUAAAUUUCAAUUUUUAUGUUUA